UUCAUCUCUCGCCAGCAAAACCCCAGUCUUCAUCACAACAUUAGUGGCGUCGGUAGUAGAGGCCGGGUGGUGACCAUCGGUCGGCCAUUUGCUCCCUUCUUCAUUCCUUUUUUCUUCAUUUAUGUCAACGACAGCAUGGCGAUUUCCGAUUUACUUUUUGAAAAUGCCGCGCACAUUAUGUACAUUUUUCCCUAUCGAAGUGUACCUCCUCUCUCCUUUUUUAACUUUCCCUCUUAAGAAUGCACACCGCUGUUCUUUCCCAGUCAUUUUACACAAUUGUGUCCAUUUGUGACGAUUUUUCAUUUAAAUUGCGCAGUUUGGAGUUUUUUUAUAAGAUUUUUGGAUAUGCUUAUCUUUCAAGAAAAUUUGAUUUUUCGUCUAUUUUUAAAUUGUUCUGUUUUAUUUUUAAUGUAUUUUUUUUAUAUUUUCAGAUAAAAAUAAAUAAUAAUGGCUGCUAAACGCUUUCUCAGUUUAUUCAAAUCAUCAAACAAACGAGAAAAGGAGAACAAUGAUCCAUUAAUGAGUGAAUACCAGUAUCACUUAAAUAAUGGACAGCGGAGAUCUCGUCGAGUUAACUUUCAAUCAGCUGAUGCGAGUUCAAAAAGGCGAAGUUGUGUUACUGAAGUAACUAAUGAUGAUGACGAUGGUAGUGAGGUUAGUGUGGAUGUAAAAUUGAAUUGA